AUGGUACAAUCAGUCUCUGGAGAAUCCGCCGAGCGACCGUUGAAAGGUGCGGUGCUUUGCUUUACUUCCGUUGGUCCAGAAGAAAGGACUCGAUAUGCCGAUCUCGCGAUACAAAUGGGAGCUGAACAUAAGCUUGACUUGACCUCCGAUACAACCCAUCUUAUUGUCGGCAGUACCGAUACUUUGAAAUAUCAAUAUGUUGCCAAAGAGAGAGAGGAUAUCAAAGUCCUGCGACCAGAAUGGAUUGAAGCAGUUCGUGAAUGCUGGAUCAAAGACCUCCCUUUAGAUCUUGAAGCUCUGGCUCGUCAAUAUCGCAUGCCCACCCUGGCUGGUUUAAAAAUAUGCAUCACGGGAUUUGACGACCUCUCUUUUCGAGCGCAAUUGCAGAGAAACGUUGUGGAUAAUGGUGGAGAGUACACCGGCGAUCUGACGAAGGAUGUAACCCAUUUGAUUGCAGCGAAGCCGGAAGGGAAAAAGUACGAAUAUGGAAUGCAGUGGCAGAAAAAGGUGGUCAGUUUGAAAUGGUACAAGGAUACUCUGGAACGGGGUAUGCAACUGGAUGAGAAGCUAUAUCAUCCUACAGUCCCCGUUGUGGAACAAGGAAUCGGUGCUUGGAAUCGACGUCCUCAACGAUCACCUCAACUUGGCAAGCGAACACGGGAAGAAGGCGACGUAUCAGAACCAUCUCGAAAGCUGAGCCGAACUGCCAGUGCCCGACUUAGGAGCCAAAAUCAAAGCCUGUGGACUGACAUUGUAGGCGGUGGUGGAUGUGAAGCUCAGCUAGUCGAGCGCCCGCCAUUGAAGCCUUCAAUUUCUAUGUCUGCGGUCCGAAAAACGAACAGCUUUACGAAUGAGUCUCAGGACCACCAGAGUGAAACAGGCAAUGCUCCGGUCCCUUCCGACACCUUCAAUGCCAAGUCAGGCUUUCUCCAAGGCCAACAAUUUAUCAUCAAAGCUUUUGAUGAGAGAAAGGAAGAAGUUCUACGAAAAAUUCUCGUCGAGCAUGGAGCUGUUGUCAUUAUUGACAACGAAGAUCAAGAAUAUCGAACGACCAACACAUUUGUAAUCCUUCCUCACGAUGUGGGGGGAAAGUGGUUGACAGCCUCGAAACUUUUCCAAUUAGGCUUGCAGGCUGUAUCUGAACUCUGGCUAGAGCGAUGUAUGCUGCAGAAAUCGUUCAUAUCUCCGGAAACGUAUCCCUUGGGGCAGCUAAUAAGCGAAUCGCUAUCGAACGCAUUCUCAAAGCUCAUCGUGAAUGCCACCGGCUUCAACGCACUCGAAACGCUGCACAUCUCCAAGAUCGUUACUCUUCUUGGAGGCAAAUAUGCCGAAGUCUUCACUUCUGCGGUAUCUAUUCUGAUAUCCAAGACUGGGAGCAGGAACGGCCCCAAACUUGAUCUGGCGCAGCGCGCGGGGAUCCCCACAGUCUCCGAAGAAUGGUUGUGGUGGACGAUAAGAAACGGCAGAAAAGCACAAGUGGAAGGCUUCCUCGUCCAAAAGAACCCAGUUCGCGUGACGGAAGGUAAAACUACUGGUCACAAAAAGACCACCGAAGAGUAUGUGGAAGUGGGCACGAUUCUAUUGCAGCCGAAGCACCGUGACCAACAAGCAUCUGGACAGAGCAAAUUACACGAGUCUCGAUCGGAAUCACGAAACGAGGCUAGAAGCACGGUAGACGGAUCAAAAUCCUUUGUCCCAGUACACGAUGAAACCGCAUUUGAUGAAUCUGGUCAGCAUGAUGAUCAGUCAGUUCCCUCAAGGUUCAUACAAGAUCACCCUGAGCAUAGCGACACAGAGACAAGUUCACGCGUGCUCGUGGAGCGCCCUCUCCAGGAGUUGUCUUCUAAUUCUUCGGGUAAAACUACCCGACCGCAGGAAUCAAAGAAGGCGUCAGUCGAAUGUUUGGAUGGCACUUCAAGCAUGCAAGAUUCAACGUGUGCGGAAAAUGCUCAAGAGAGAACACAUGGCCAUACGUUGUGGGGAAGUGAAUCCAAGUCAAGGAGCAUUCAAGCCAUCAGUGGAGCCAUUCAAGAAUUUCUCGACCAGCGGACUGCGAAGAAACCCGCCAUCAGCAAGUUAGGUGAUGAGUCUACGGGGAGAAGCAGACUGGUUGGUCGGGCCCUCAGCAAUUUAUCCAACUCAUCAGCAACUUCGAACUUCCGACGGUCAAGAGCUAGCUCAGUUGACAGCAUAAACACCGACGGGAUUGGAAGUGAGAUUGGUACCAUGCAACCUGCACCGAUGGCUGAGAAGGGAAACUUCAGCUUCAAGGGACGUGCAAAAACAACGUUGGCGGGACUCAGUCCCCAUUCGUAUGGGGUGGAUGAUCUAGAUAUGUCAAACAGCAACUUUCACAAGGAAGCGGAAGCACCCCCCAUGACACAGCUGGGCUAUGAAGACCCGGAAGAAGCGAUUCUGCUACGAGAAAAGUUGGCCGAGUCGAGGAGAAAGAACUGCAAGGCUGGGCCAGAAAAGGAGACUUCGAGACCACCAGCACGGCCAAAACAGGAACGCAAGAUACGAGACGACGACAUGCUCGCAAGCGCAGGAUGGGGCACCGGAAGGCGGACCAGGCAUAAGCAAAAAAGUCCUCCAUGUCAAGGCAUCGAAGGAUUUUGA